CCAAAAUAGCAAAAACAAUUAGACCCUCAUACAGAAUAAUUUAUAGAUCCAUUUUUAAAAAAAUCCCAAACUUGUGUUAUUGUAUCUGUGGGACUUCCACUAAAUACAGCUAGCCUGUGGGUCUCAUUGUUUACUGGUUCGUGUCAAUUUGACCCGAUCCGAAAGUCCCGACGCCAACUUUUGUCCCAUCAUGCAACACUGCCCAUGUGAAACUGGACAAGAUGGCGGCCAAGUUUAAAGUUGGAGAUCUUGUGUGGGCAAAGAUGAAGGGGUUCCCGGCUUGGCCAGGAAGGGUAAUCCAGCCCAAGGAUGAAGUGAAGCGUCCAUCCAACAAGAAGCCUCAUCAUUUUGUCUUCUUCUUUGGGUCUGAGAACUAUGCAUGGAUCCCAGAAGAAAGCAUACACCUGUAUGCUGACAAUCGCAACAAGUACAGCCUCACGUCCAGAAUCCCUCGCGGCUUUAAGGAGGCCAUUGAAGCUAUAGAGGAUGCGAUCAAAGCUCUGCCAGCCAGUGUGGCUGUCAAGACCUGUGAACUGCCUUCUAUAGAUGAAGAGCUGGCUCAGAUCUUCCCAACAACCGGCACAAAAAAAGACGGAGCAGCUCACAGAGACUACUCCAGGGAACCCUUAGCUGGCAAGAAGAGGCAGGCCGUGUAUCAGAUAGUUGCUGUUGGUCUCAAAGAACUGAAUCAUCUGGCCAGAGCAGGGUACGCUGAGGCAGGUCGUCAAAACAGUCAGAUAGCCGCUGUUGGUCUCAAAGAACUGAAUCACCGGCUAGAGGCAGGUCGGAUGAAGAAGGCUAAAUCAUCAUCUUUCGCAGAAGAAGAAGGCUACAUAGCAUGA